CUUCUCUCUGCCCUCUUCUCCUCGCAGCAGAGAUCCCUUUCUCCCAAGCAUGCCUUCUCCUCAGACUGCUCCAUAUGACUGGAUCCUUGCCAUCACCUCCAUCGCCUUUGUCUUCAGCGCGUUCGGAAACGGCGCCAAUGAUGUCGCCAACUCAUACGCCACUUCGGUGGCUGCCCGUACCCUCACCAUGCCCCAAGUUGGUUUCCUCUCCAUGAUCACCGAGUUUGUCGGUGCAGUCGGUCUAGGUGCACGUGUCACCAACACUAUCAAGAAUGGAAUCAUUGAUAUCGAUCGAUUCGAGGGCUCUCCUGGCCCCCUGAUGUUGGCCAUGGGCUGUGCCGAAGUCGGUAGUGCUACUUGGCUCAUGCUGGCAACCACAUGGGGCUGGCCCGUCAGCACAACCCAGACGGUUGUGGGUGCCUUGAUCGGUACUGGCUUCGCAUCACAAGCCAGUGUCAAGUGGGCCUGGGAAUCUGGCAGCGUCUCCCAAGUUGCUGCUUCUUGGGUUAUUGCCCCCUUGAUCGCCGCCGCCAUCUCAGCCCUCAUCUUUGGAACGGUCAAAUACUCAGUCGUCGAACGAAAAGACCCCUUCAAGUGGGCAAUGAGACUGAUUCCUUAUUACUUCGCCACCACAGCCUCAAUCCUUGCACUCUUCAUUGUCGUCGAAGUUCCUACAGCUCCAUCACUAGAAGAGUUCGGUGCUGGCAAGGCUGUGGGCAUCAUUCUCGGUGUCUGGUUCGGAGUCCUGGCAAUUUGCUACAUCUUCUUCAUGCCCUAUUUUGAGCGACGUUUGAUCAAAAGAGACUCGCGUGUCAAGUUCUACCACGCACCACUCGGCCCCUUGCUACGCAGAGAGAACCCUCCUCUGUACUUUCCCGCCAAGGAAGACGGCAAAUAUGUCACUGACUACUACGAGAAUGCGUACACCACAGCAGAAGCUGCGGCAUCGGAGGACUUGAAGGUCGAGGUGUCAUCCAGCAGUCCCGUCACCCCUGAUAUCGUCAACCUCGAGAAGGGCAAACUUGCCGAGCCACCUCGACCGAGAGGACCUAUCGGACCGGUCGAACGGUUCUUGGACCCCGUCAGAUCGCUGCCCUGGACAAGCAGCAAGAAAUGGCUUGGAUAUGGCAAGUUCGCCCUGUUGCAGGGUGUCACCCGCGACUGCGUAAGCCACGACUCUGCAAGACUGAGAGAUGUUCAUUCUCGUGCUGCCAAAUACGAUCUCAGGGUUGAGCAUCUGUGGACAUACUGUCAAGUGGCCUCGGCCAUGUUGAUGUCAAUCGCUCACGGUAGCAACGAUGUCGCCAACGCUGUCGGUCCCUGGGUCGCAGUAUACCAGACUUAUAUCGACGGAGAAGUGUCAACAACAUCCCCUACCCCUAUCUGGAUCCUAGCCAUCGCCGGUUUCCUAUUGGGUGCAGGCUUCUGGUUCUACGGUUACAACAUUGUGCGCGCACUCGGCAACAAGAUCACACAGAUGUCCCCUACUCGGGGUUUCAGUGUCGAACUCGGCGCUGCCGUUACCGUUUUGUUAGCCUCCCGCCUUGCUCUCCCCGUGUCGACUACUCAGUGUCUCACAGGUGCCACCAUGGGUGUGGCCUUGAUGAACUAUGACUUUGGUGCCGUCAACUGGAGACAGUUGGGCUUCAUCUUCAUCGGAUGGAUGUUGACCCUUCCCUCUGCCGGUUUAGUCGCCGGUUUACUUUGCCUCAUGGCUUUGAACACACCUCAUUUCUGAUUGAAGCUGUGUGCAAUAGAUUGCAUUACUUCACAGAUUCUGACGAACAAUUAAGGAGAGAAUUCAUGAUGAGCGGAUUUUGGGAACAGUGGCCUCGAUAGAUAUUGCCCUUCCCUGGCACGGCGUUCCAUUCAAACU